GCUGAAAAGUCCAGUCCAUCCCCCCCAAUUCCGAUCACAUGUGACUUCCCCUGAUUCUCUAUAAUGCUGCGUACCGGAAAUGGCGUCACCAGUAAUGGGUUGGUGGAGAUGAAGGAGCGCCAGCGCUGGAGACCCGAAGAAGACAGCCUUCUCCUCGCUUAUGUCAAGCAGUACGGCCCUAAAGAAUGGAGUCUGAUUCCUCAGAGAAUGGGUAAGCCGCUGGAUCGGGAUCCCAAGUCCUGCCUUGAGCGGUGGAAGAAUUACCUGAAACCCGGCCUGAAGAAGGGCUCCUUGACGCCGGAGGAGCAGGGCCUGGUCAUUUCUCUCCAGGCGAAGUACGGCAACAAGUGGAAGAAGAUCGCCGCCGAGAUCCCCGGCCGGACGGCCAAGAGGCUGGGGAAGUGGUGGGAGGUUUUCAAGGAGAAUCAGGCGAAGCAGCUCCAGAAAACGCGGAAGCGCCAGGGCUUUCACGACGGGGCUACUCUCUCCGGCGGGGGCUCGCCGGAAACCGCCGUACAGGGGAAGUACGAUCACAUUCUCGAAACCUUCGCGGAGAAGUACGUACAGCCAAUAACGCUCUAUGGGUGUACGUUUCAGUCGUCCCUGCCCCUCCCGCCACCCAUCUCGCCGCCGCCGCCCGUACUUUCCCUCGGCGCCGGAGAACCCACGGCAACCGGAGCACCCUCCCCUGUUCUCCUCCCUCCAUGGAUGAAUUACACCAUCCCCUCCGCUCCGGCGUCUUCGUCUUCAUCGACCUCGUCCUCCACGCCGGCCCUGCAAUCUCCGCCUUCCGUCAUCAGCCUCAACCUUUCAACCCCACCCGAACCUCUGCAACACCAGCAGAUCUGCACCCUGAUCCAGUACUGCAAAGAGCUGGAAGAAGGGCGGCAGAAUUGGGUUCAGCACAGGAAGGAGGCGACAUGGCGGAUGAACAGGGUGGAGCAGCAGCUGGAGGCAGAGAAGGCGCGGAAAAGGAGGGAAAAAAUGGAGGAGAUAGAAACAAGGGUGAGGUGUUUGAGGGAAGAAGAAGAUGGGUUUUAUGGAAGGAUUGAGAAUGAGUACAGGGAACAGGUGAUUGCAGUUCAGAGAGAUGGAGAAGCUAAAGAGGCAAAGUUAAUGGAAGCAUUGAGCAAGCAGCAUGGGAGGCUGGCUAAGGUUGUAGAACAAAUUGGUCUGUGGUGAAUUAGUUGUAAGUAGGACAUAGAUUUCAUAGCUAGCAAGUCAUCAUCAAGCUGCAGUUUUCACAGAUUUGGUGUCCAAUUCUUCCAAACCAUUGUAAAGACUGGAAAUUUGAAUGGGCAAUUCUUCCAAACCAUUGUAAAGACUGGAAAUUUGAAUGGUCAAUUCUUGUCCAUCUAGAUAGGUAAUUGGCACACAAUUAUUAAUUUUUUAAACGAAUUGACUGUGUUCAUCUGCAAUUAAGAGCGUCAAUUAACAAUUGUGUAAAAAUGUAAUUUUCUACUACCUUCGUCCCAAAUUGAUUUGCAAAUUUGAUUUUUCUUAGUCAAACAGUUUCAUUUCAUUCGAUUAG